CUUACGAACCUUUUAUUUAUUCAGUUGUAAAGCUAAAUUAUAGAGAAAACAAGGUAAAUAUGGCGGAAAUUGAUUCUAAAUUUUUGCAAGAAAUGGUGGGAUCACUUGGAGAAUUUUUAUCUGAAGACCUGAAAAUAUCGAGAUACCGAGAAUAUAGACUACCGGUACAUUUCAAAGCAGAAAAUAUAAGGAUUGCUAUGGAAGAAUGGGAAUGGCCAAAGAACCCAAUCUUCGUUGUCAGCUACCCUAAGUCAGGUACUACUUGGACGACGGAAAUUAUUCGACAAAUUUUAUACGGCCGAGACGAAAAUCUGGAUAAAAUAUCAAAGUCAAUUCCUACGCCUGUAAUAAUGCUCGGAAUUGGAAUACCGGAAAAGAAGUUUGAUGUCAUUGAUCGAAUACCACUGCCAAGAAAAUAUUUUAAUACACACUUAAGAGAAGAACUUUUUGACUUUGAAAAAUUGAGAAAAGUGAAUGGAAAGGUGAUAUACGUUGUGAGAAACCCGAAAGAUCAAUUGGUAUCAUGGUAUAAAUUUGUUCAUGAAAUAUUGCUCAACGAAAACGUUAGAAAACAACUUUUCAAAGAAUCGUGGGAUGAUUUUUUCAAUGACUUUUUACAAGGAAAACAUGGCCUUGUUUCGAAAGACGAUGAAUGGUCAUUUCCAGAUCAUGUGAAGGGAUGGUAUAAGCACAGAAAUGACAAAGACGUUUUAUUGCUCGUGUACGAAGAUAUGAUUAAAGAUAUAAAUAAAGAAAUUCGACGUAUUGCAAACUUUCUAGAAGUCGACCUAACGGACAAAGAAAUAGCUAUCAUUGCCGAAAACACUUCAAUUGGAAGUAUGAAAGAUGCCGCGGGAAAGUCCGGAAGAUAUGAAGCCAAUAUACUUGUUAAUAAAGGUGGAGUGGGAAAAUGGAAAAAUAAAUUCAGCGUUGCACAAUCAGAACAAAUGGACAAAGUUUUGAAAGCUGAAUUUGCCGAUUCUGAUAUUGAAUUCACAUACCAACUAUAAACAAUUUGGGGAAAGAAUAAUGUUAUAUGUCUUAAUUUUCGAAAAUUUCCAACUAAUUCCAAGACGCAUUGUUUGGCUAAAAUACUACACAAUAAAUAAUAGCAAGAGUUCUAGAUAAAUAUUAAAAUCUGCAAAUCCCUUAAACCGCUAUAGUGACGUCAUAGCAUAUGCGAAAUUCCGCAUGACUUGACUUCGCUGACGUCUGACGAAGUUUUAAAUGGCAAUAUAUUCCUGAUGGCAAAUACUGAUUUUUUUGCGCAUGUGUCCGUAAAUUUUUAUAUUUUUUUUUAUUCUUGGAUCACCAACCUUACUAGAUUCGUCACAAUAUUAUAAAUAUUUUACAUUGUACAGCUCGCUUUCAUUGUUGUAUAAAAAUGAUAAAAUAUGUAUGGCAAAUAGUUGAAUCACAAAUCUAAUUUGUGUUGCUCUUGAGUGUACUCACCAACAUUAUUAUGCUCAAUUCAAUAAAUAUAUAGUUUCGUUACUCCCAACUGGACGUAACUAUCAAUAAUGCUUUAAGAUACAAUAUAAUAUCAUUUAUUGCAAUUUAAAAAAUACUUAAAACACAUUUCUAAAAACACACUUCAUUUGCACAAUAGUUCGGACAUACAUAUUGUAUACUGAUGAAUGAAAAUAUACACCGUCUGCAAAUCCCAAGACUACGCCACAUGAAAAUUGAACAACACAUGUUACACGCGUUUUUCGUCUAGUAAUAAAUUUUUCUUUGCAGUUUCCAGGAUUUUUCCCGGUGCCGCUAGAUUUAUAUAAUGCUUGGAGUGAGUAUGAAUCAAUUGUUUUUUAAUGAUUUGCGUCUUCAUGUAACACAUUUGUUAGCUAUGUUACCGAAAAUGCCCUACAGGCACGAUGGACAAGCGGCA